AUGAUCCUGAUUGAGCCCCAAACGAACCAACGUUUUGGGGCAGAGUUGGUCCAACAUCAGUUCCCCUGCUCUGGCGUCUCAAGACAGCUGUGGCGCAAGAUCAAGACGCCUGAGGCAGAUAGCACAGAGAUCAACCCUCUAGAGAAAAAUGAACCAGGGUUACCAGACGCAAGGACACUGGACCCUCCUGAUCAGGGAUUCCCCGCUGUUACCGAUGACCAAUACAAUAAAAUCAGAAAGGCGUUCAUCGAGUCGCUAGACCCAGAUGCGGUCUGCGCGCUGGCAUCAAAACACAAUAACAGCAAAGCGUGCCAGGUUGUGAAAAAGGCGAGCGGUAGCUUUAAUGUCUGCUUUUUCGUCGAGUUUGACCUGGACGGUUCUAAGUGGAUCGUCAGGGUCCCAAUCGAACCCGCUCUCGACGAUCCCUGGGACAAGUUGCUGAGCGAAGUGACCACUAUGCAAUACCUCGAGUGCAACACCCAGAUUCCCGUCCCUCACAUCCGUGCUUAUGGGCGCGAUAUCACGUUAACUAAAAAUGGCACGGGAACGCAAAUGUUUACUAUCACUGAUCUCAUCCCGGGCGAACCGCUGGACAGAAAAUUCCUGAUCGAAGCCAAAGAAGAGCACCGAAGAAACUUCUACUCACAGCUAAUCGAUAGCUUGACUGAGCUCAGGAAGCUCGAGUUCCCUUCAAUAGGGUCCCUGAUGCCAAAUCCCGAUGGCAGCCCGCAUCCUGUUUUAGGCCCUGUCCUCUCCAUGUCCGCAGCCACGCUUCGGCAGCCGCCCCAGCCAGCGUUGACUUCUGCGAAGGAAUACAUGAAACACCGAUUCAGUCUCAUAUCGAGUUUCUUUUCGCCACCAGUCAGCGACCAUACCGUGGACGAAAUCAAGCAAGAGAUUUUCGCACUAGAUGGGCUGGAGCGUAUAUUUCAGCAAGUUAUCGAUCCUCGAUUUGACGAUGGCCCCUUCGUGCUGAACCAUCUCGACCUACGAAGUGCAAACAUCAUCGUGGACGAAAGCCUCCGGAUUCAAGGCAUAAUUGACUGGGAGUUUGCAACUACUGUUCCACUGCAAAUGUUCGCACCACCGUCAUGGAUUACUGGCCAUGAUUCGAUCGAGACGGAUAAGCAGAUGCACAUCGAAUUUCGCGACGUCCUCGAUGAGAAGAGUAAGGCCCAUAGCGUCUAUGACCAGCUGAAAAGGGAAUGGUAUGAAUGCUCGGGUUCUUCUAGCGAGUUGGGUAUUGAUAAAACGGAUAUGGCCUUUUGCGUUGCUCAUGUGCUGCGCCGUCCCGCCAACGCCACCGACAUAUUCUGUGACUUUUUCGCCCAGAAGCUUUCAGAGAAGCAUCUCGAUGAUAUAAUGUCUGAUUUCUUUGACAGAAAUCAAGAACUUGCAUCGGAAGCGCAGCGACGGGCAGAGCACUGCGAGCGCUACACCCAAUAUUUGAAGGAAAAUGGCCUGUAUGAGACCGAGUCAGACAAGUUACUUGCUGCGUCAAAGGCAUUAAAGGAAAAAUGGGGUUGGUCAUAG